AUUCUCAUAAAACACUCAAAUUAAAAAGAUUUAGUUUGUUGACCAUUUCAUUUGAAGAGAAAAAAAACAUGUAAUUUGAGUGUGUGAUUAACAAAAAUUGUCGGUUAAACAUAUUUGAAAAAUUGAAAAAGAGAACCAAAACACAACAACGUUACAUUAAAUAUAUUGUAUAAUAUUUGUUGAAGAAGAACAACAACAACAACUAGAAGAACGAAAAAGCAUAGGGUUUGAAAACAAAAACUUGUCGAGUCCGCCUUUUUUGUUUGAACACAAAACACUGUUACAUUUUGAAUAUCUCUGUGUUCUUGGAUCUGAAUAUGCGAAUUGUUGAUUUCUUAAUCUUCUUUGAUAUCAAAUUCUGUUCGGAGUUUGAUCUGCCUGCUUUUUGAAGAGUUUGUAACUAUAAUGGUUUGCGGUAGAGUGGGAAUUGGGGUAUGCUUUUGUACUUGUUUGCUAGAAAAUUAUGGACGGUGACCAAAAAAUGGCCGUCUCUCAGGUGGAUGGACACAGUGACGGUGUUCAGAAAAUUAGAGCAGCAUUGCACGGGAGGACUACUGGUCCUGCAAGGCGUUCUACAAAAGGGCAAUGGACUCCCGAAGAGGAUGAGACAUUGCGGCUUGCUGUUCAGCGUUUCCAAGGAAAAAAUUGGAAAAAAAUAGCGGAGUGUUUCAAGGAUAGAACUGAUGUCCAAUGCUUACAUAGGUGGCAGAAAGUGUUGAAUCCCGAACUUGUAAAAGGGCCAUGGUCUAAAGAGGAGGAUGAAGUGAUGAUUGAAUUGGUGAACAAAUAUGGGCCUAAAAAGUGGUCAACUAUCGCACAACAUUUACCUGGACGUAUUGGGAAGCAAUGUCGAGAAAGGUGGCAUAAUCAUCUUAAUCCUGCUAUAAACAAGGAAGCAUGGACACAGGAAGAGGAGUUGGCUCUAAUACAUGCUCAUCAGAUUUAUGGGAACAAAUGGGCGGAAUUAACGAAGUUUUUGCCUGGAAGGACAGACAAUGCUAUUAAAAACCACUGGAACAGUUCGGUCAAAAAGAAAUUGGAUUCUUACUUGGCAUCAGGCCUGCUUACUCAGUUUCAGUCUGUACCUCAUGUUGGAAAUCCUAGUCAACCAAUGGUUGCAACAUCUUCAAGGUUGCAAUGUAAGGAAGAAGAUAAUGUUCUUCAGGGGACUGAAGGAGAUGAAUUUUUAGAGUGUAGCCACGAGUCACCCAAUGCUCUCCAAUUUCCAUCCACUAGAGAGAUGACCAGUGUUGACUCACAAACUGUAGGGGGAUAUAGGCCAAAUGAAGAAUGUAGUCUUGCGACGGAUCAUAGUCCAAGUCAAGCAUCCUGUUCAGAGCCAUGUUAUCUAGCAAUUGACGCUGUUACUUUAUGCAUCUCAGAAAUUGCUCAUCAUGAUGCAUGUUCUUCUGAAUUCAGUGAACGUAUGCAUGAACCAAAUUCUACAAAUGAGGAUGACCAGUUUAAUUUACAUUCCUUGCCCAAUAUUUCAUCAAUGGAAUUAGGGGAGGACUCCUCGCAGUUGCAAAGAGAUUGUACAGAACCUAGUGGAAUAUGCGGCUUGGUGAAUGUUCCAUAUCAAACUUCAGUGGAUUUAGCUGUUUCAACACCCAUGGAAACUGCAUCUAUGGAUUCUGCUAAACCAGAUCAUAUGUUGAUAACUGACGACGAAUGUUGCAGAGUCCUGUUUUCAGAGGCAAAAAAUGAUAGAUGUUUUAUCCCUGGAGAUUAUAAUAAAGGUGUUGAUGCUGUUGAAUUUUCUGGUCACCCUGCGGUUUGUCAAUCAUGUCAUAUUCAGAUUUCCGAAACUGGUGGAACCUCAACUCAGCCAAUAUCUUGUCCUCAGUGUUCUAAUAAUUUUAAAGGAAUGUUAUCCUCCCAAUCUACCCGUCCAGUGCAUUCUGCUGAGCAUGAGGAUCGACAGUUUGUCUCCAGAGCACAUGAUGACUUCACUUAUGCCAACGACACAUCCAGUUCUCGUUGUAUUGAUGCUAUAGAUAGUACAGUAAUGCAAGAUGUUAAGCAAACCUGUUAUCCAACAGAUGAAAAGCCAAACAAGGACACAAAAAAGGAGGACAACGGAGCACUAUGUUAUGAACCUCCCCGUUUUCCAAGCUUGGACAUUCCUUUCUUGAGCUGUGAUCUUGUACAAUCUGGGGGUGAUAUGCAACAAGAAUUUAGUCCUCUGGGUAUCCGCCAGUUGAUGAUGUCUUCUAUGAACUGCCUGACUCCGUCAAGGUUGUGGGACUCGCCUUCUCGUGAUGAUAGUCCAGAAGCAUUAUUGAAAAGUGCUGCUAAAACUUUUACGGGUACACCAUCAAUAUUAAAGAAACGGUGCCGGGAUUUGUUAUCGCCACUUUCAAAUAAAAGAAUUGGUAAGAAACUUGAGACUGACAUGACAUCCUCUUUGGCUGAAGCUUUUUCUAGUUUGGAAGCAGAUAUACUUUCUCCAUCUUCAUUGCAAAAGCAAAAUUCUGUGGCUUCUGGUUUUGAUGACGAUAAAGAAAAUUGUGGAGAAGCUGAUAAAGGUAAACAAGUAGAGGAGACAAUUAAAUCUGUAAUUUUGGAAGAAAAUAAGUCUCAAAGAGAUGCUCUUGACAGUAAUUCUCCUGGUAAGGUUAAGAAGCAACCUUUUGCUGUCGAUUCGAAAAUGAAGAUUGACGCUGCUGCUGAGAACGCGCAUCAAUCUUCUGGAGUUUUGUCUGAACAUGAUAGGAACGACCUUUCAUUAUAUUCAUCUGACCAAGUUGGUUUUAGAGACAGAGUUCCCAGAAACUCGAACAAUAGGAGCUCGGAAAUAGCUCCAAACCAGAGCAUCCCUUCAAAAUUAUCUUCUGAGAACCAAUGCUCAAGGUUUAGCUCUCCUUGUGUUCGUGCAAAGGAGCAUGAAAAUCUUACAGUUUCAGUUACUCGUGUAAAAGCUCCUGGAGCGAAUUUGAGUGAUCAGAGUAAAAAUGAUGGAGGUUUUGAAACGUGUAGCAUAUUUGGUGGAACACCUUUCGGGAAAGGUUUUGAAUCACCUUCUCCGUGGAAAUCUCCUUGGCUCAGGAAUACUUUUCUCUGUAGCCCCAAUCCUGAAUUAACAAUUGAGGAUUUUGGAUUUUUCAAGAGUCCGGGAGGUGAUAAAAGUUACGAUGCUAUCGGGUUGUUACAACAGGUCGGUGAACAAACUGCUGCAACAUACGAAAAUGCACAGGAGAUUUUGAAAAAUGAUACUCCUAAAGCAUUACCUAAAGAUGCAUCUGGAAACGAUAAGAAUAGCGACGAGGAAAACAACAAUCCUAGCAAGGCAAACAGUUCUAAAUAUACUUCAAAUGAUUUGGUUGAGUGUCGCAUGCUUGAUUUUAGUGAAUGCGGAACACCAGAAAAGGGUGAUAGCAGCAAAUCCUCAGCUAGUGAGCAAUGAGCUUCUCAACCGCUUCACAUUUUUCGAAGGAUUGUAGAUAGUCCAUUGUCAAUCAUGGCUUCGGCUGUUCAGGCUUCGUUAUAUAUGUAUGUAUGUACCAUUUGUAAGAUCAGUUCGUCAUUAUCAGUUCCUAGACUUCAUUUGUAAUUGACUCAUUUAAAAAUUCUUCUUGUAAUAACAAAAUUACAAUGACAAAAAAUGGUCCGGCUUUUCUCCCGAAUCGUUACUUAUGUUAUCUUACAGUACUUAUAGAGAAGUACUAAAAUGGGAAAGAGCAAAUUUUGGAUUAUUUUUCUCA